CGUGUGUAUCUGUCUUAUUAUUUCUGUGUCUGUGUUAUUAUUUCAGACAUCAGAUAUUUCUCAUCUAUAUUAAAUGUUUUCUACACAUUUGAUCAUUUUAGAAAAUGUUUGAAGGAUUUUUACACGCACCCCUGCUCUCAUCAGACAGAACCUCGUUUGGGAAACACUGGAGCUCUGACAGUUGUUCGUGCACAGCUGAAUGAAGUCACGAGAUAAUAAAUGAAGGUAAUGAAAUGAUAAUGUGUGUGAUGUAGAUUUUACCAGACUUUUAAUUCUGUUCUCUGUAUUUGCAGCAUUUUCAGGCUUAUACUUUCAGUAUUUACAGGCCUUUGCUCGAUGAAUCAGAAAGCUGUCCGAUAACAAACCAUAUCUGUGUGUGUGUGUGUGUGUGUGUGUGUGUGUGUGUGUGUUUAUUACCCUACCUCACUGCCCCUCCCCCUCUGCAGAAUAAACAGGUAGACCUGAAAGUGAAAGUGAGAGUCUCCAUUUAGUGUGGAGGGAAAAUACACCAUUUCAGGAGUAAAAACACAGGUUUGAUUUAACACACCGAUGUUGGAGUGAAGUAAACGUGUGUCCUGCUGUAAUCUGGAGAAGGAGACAUGACGUCCAACAUGAGUGUGUCUGGAAAACAGGACUUAAAGAAAGACGAGAGAAUGAUGGAGGGAAAGAGAUCAGACUCACCAGAACCCAGCUGUGUGUCCAUGAAGAGUGAUGAGUCAAUGGAUCGUCCACCUAAGUUCAGAGACGGAGCCAGUUCUCCUGAUGUGAGACCACAACAGAAGAAAUCAAACCUCAGCAGAAAUCAGUUGGACUCCAUAUUCAAGGCGUGUGUCUUUUUAAUGUGUGUAACUUGUGUGAGCUGGAACACAAAGUCAUCACUCGGAUAAAGAAUGAGCUGAAGAGGUUAAGGAAGCUCCUGAGUCCAGAUUACCCAGCAUGCACUGAGAGGGAGGUGGAGGAUGAGGAGGAUGUGCACAGUGUCAGAGACGGAGCGCUGAAGAUCACACUGCACGUCCUGAAGAACAUGAACCACACAGAUCUCGCAAACACUCUACACAACAAGUCUGUGGCCUCUGUGUAUCAGACAAAGCUGAAAUCCAACCUGAGAGAGAAGUUUAAAAGAAUUAAUGAAGGAAUCUCACAGCAUGGAAGUUCAGCACUUCUGAAUGAGAUCUACACAGAUCUCUACAUCACAGAGGGUUGGAGUGGAGACGUCAAUAAUGAACAUGAGGUGAGACAGAUUGAGACAGCGUCCAGGAGACCAGCAGCACAGGAGAAACCCGUCAAAUGUAAUGAUCUCUUUAAAGACGAGUCCAUCAGAACUGUGCUGACUAAAGGAGUUGCUGGAAUUGGAAAAACAGUCUCUGUGCAGAAGUUCAUUCUGGACUGGACUGAAGGAAAAGCAAAUCAGGACGUCACCUUCAUGUUUCCACUUCCCUUUAGAGAGCUGAAUCUGAUGAAGCAGGAACAUCUCAGUCUGAUGAAUCUUCUUCAUCACUUUUUCCCAGAAAUGAGAAAACUACAAUUACUAGACUCCUACAAAGUGGUGUUGAUCUUUGAUGGUCUGGAUGAGUGUCGACUUCCUCUGAAUUUCCAGAAGAAUGAGAGAUUGUGUGAUGUGACAGAGUCAGCCUCAGUGGAUGUGCUGCUGACAAACCUCAUCAAGGGGAAUCUGCGUCCCUCUGCUCUCCUCUGGAUAACCUCUCGACCAGGAGCAGCCAAUCAGAUCCCUCCUGAGUGUGUAGACCAGGUAACAGAGGUACGAGGGUUCAGUGACCCUCAGAAAGAGGAGUACUUCAGGAAGAGGAUCAGUGAUCAGAGCCUGUCCAAUAAAAUCAUCUCACACAUGAAGUCUUCAAGAUGCCUCCACAUAAUGUGCCACAUCCCAGUCUUCUGCUGGAUCUCAGCCACUGUUCUAGAGAGAAUUCUGGGUGAAGCAGAGAGUGGAGAGAUCCCCAAGACUCUGACUCAAAUGUUCACACACUUCCUGAUCUUUCAGAUCAAGCACAAGGACCAAAAGUACCAUCAGAAAUGUGACCCUGAUCCUCAGCAGACCAGAGAGAGUAUCCUGGCACUGGGAAAACUGGCUUUCCAACAGCUGGAGAAAGGAAACCUGAUCUUCUAUGGGUUUCACCUGGGGAAGGUGUUCAGCUUUGUACAUCUGAGUGUUCAGGAGUUUCUGGCUGCUUUAUACGCAUUUCUCUCCUUCAUCAGCAGAAAUGUAACAGAACAACAAACCACUGAUAUGUCUGAUCUUCUCACCAAGUCAAACAUGUCUGAUCUCCUCAGGAGUGCAGUGGACAAGGCCUUACAGAGUGAGAACGGACACCUGGACCUGUUCCUCCGCUUCCUUCUGGGUCUCUCACUGGAGUCCAAUCAGACUCUCUUACGAGGCUUAAUGCCACAGACAGGAAGCAGCUCUCUCAGCAAACAGGAAACAGUCAAGUACAUCAAGGAGAAGAUCAGGGAGAAUCCAUCUCCAGAGAAAUCCAUCAAUCUGUUCCACUGUCUGAAUGAACUGAAUGAUCAUUCUCUAGUGCAGGAAGUACAAACAUACCUGAACAGUGGAGAUAUCUGGUGUCUCAGGGGAACCAGUCUCUCUCCUGCUCAGUGGUCAGCUCUGGUGUUUGUGUUACUGAACUCAGAUCAGGAGCUGGAUGUGUUUGAUUUGAUUAAAUAUGACCCAUCAGAGGAAUGUCUUCUGAAGCUGCUGCCAGUGGUCAAAGCCUCCAGAAGAGCUGUUCUGUGUGUGUGUAAUCUGACAGAGGAAAGCUGUAGAGUUCUGUCCUCAGUUCUCAGAUCAAACUCCUCCAGACUGAGAGAACUGAACCUGAGUGACAAUAACCUGCAGGAUUCAGGAAUGAAGCUGCUCUCUGCUGGACUGGAGAACCCACACUGUACACUGGAGAUACUGAGUCUGCGUGUGUGUAAUCUAACAGAGGAAAGCUGUAGAGUUCUGUCCUCAGUUCUCAGAUCAAACUCCUCCAGACUGAGAGAACUGAACCUGAGUGUCAAUAACCUGCAGGAUUCAGGAGUGAAGCUGCUCUCUGCUGGACUGGAGAAUCCACACUGUACACUGGAGAUACUGAGGAUGUGGAACUGCAGUAUUACAGAUGAAGGUCGUGCUGCUCUGGCUUCUGCUCUGAGGUCAAACUCCUCAUCACACCUGAGAAAACUGAAUCUGAACAGUAGUAAUCCAGGAGAAUCAGGAGUGAAGCUGCUCUCUGAUCUACUGAAUUAUCCGCACUGUAACCUGGAGACACUACACAUUAAGUAUAAUAAACUCACCAGGACUGGCGUAUGACAGGAGUCUCAACUCAAACUUCUCCAGGAUACUGCAGUCUUGGUGAAGAGUUAGAACCCGUCCCACAUUUCCAGCAGUUUGGGAGCUGAAUCAUUAAACUUAAAGGGGCAGAGCAGAAACAAAGUCAAGAACAGGCAGAAGGUCAUACACAGGAGAAAUCAACACACGUAAUCAAAUAUCUGCUGUACAAAGCAACGGCAUCGAUCUGCCCCGGGGAUGGAGACUGACGAGGCUUACACGCCCGGAAAUGUACAGCCAACUCCUCCCAAAGCACGAGGCGGGAGCAGGCGUGUACGAGAUGUGGUCAUCCAAUGGCAAGCCGGAACAUGACGCAUUGCAGUGGACUGGGCUUAAAAGAGGAGGAGACAAAAGACACCCAUCGCCCCCCGACAAAGACACACGAAUGGCACACAGUACAAACAGAAAUACAACUGAGGACGUAACAAUGGUCAAGUAUCAAAUAAAAUGUAAACUUGCAUUGAUGAAGG